CUUCAAUUUUUUUUAUUUUUUUUUCCGAAAUUUGCUAGAUCUAUUCUUAAACACGUGUUUUUACCUAAAUUGGAAUUGAAACUAAUUAAAAGUAGUAGGAAAUCGAAAACUUACCGGAAUCGAGCCUCGUUUGUACGGUUUGAAUGUCGAAAAAUUUUUACGAAAUUCAAAUUUCUAGAGAGUGUUUGGGAGUAGGAGAGAGAAUUUGCAAGUUGGAAAAAUUAAAAUGAAAAAGCUACCGCUGCAAAUAAGCCAAUUUCAGUAAAAGUACCGCUGCAAAUAGUAACACCCUUUUUAAAAACGUAGCUAAACAAAUCGGACCAUCAUAUAGUUUAAUUAUUUUCUCAAAAACAAAAAAAAAAGGUUUAAUUGCAAAUUAAAUUAUUUAAUAUCUUCCACUUAGAUUUACUCUCUCUCCAGUAGAACCCGUACAGUGCGUACUGUACACUGUACAGUAGUAAGAGGAAACAGAAGAAGAGAGUGGAAAAUGUAUGAAGGGUUUUGAUUAGUCAAAGAAAGGUAGCUAUCAAUCUGCCUGCAUGGAAAUUCCGAAAGCUGUAAGAAGUAGAGAAAUAAACAAUUUGCCGUAUUGACAACUUCGGUCAAUCCAUCAUUUAAUCAAAUACACGCAAGAAACCGUAUCGUUUUUCUCUUCCCUUUUUAUUUUCUUCUUCGUCUUCUUCGCACGCGGAUUCGGAAUCCUUUAGUUUUUAUUUUAUUUUAUAUACCCACAAAAGUCUCGCAGAGAGAGCGCAAACCAUAUUUUCAAAUGUGUACAUUUGAGUUUUGAGAGUGCCCAUUAAGUGUUUGUAGAAAUACCUCUGUAAAAAAAAAAAUUCUUUUUUUUUUGGUUGUGAUAAAAGAUGGCAUCCGCGGCGGUGUUUUCGUCGUUGAGGAAGCGGAGAUCACCGCCCCUGGAGGCGUUUCUGGCGCCGGUGCACGUGUCAAACGCUGUCGUUUUGGAGACUAUCUCUGCUGUAUCCUCGGAGCUGGUGUCAUCGUAUUCAGGCAGCAGCAAAACGAUGCCGUUUUUCCAGGUGAAGAAUUCGAGAUCUUUAAUUCGGAAAAUCCAGGUGAUUUCUGUUCUGCUAGAUGCUUUUCGUGAUGUGGGAUUCUCGGAAACUGCUUCCACAGUGCCUUUAUGCUUCAAGGAGUUGUACCUCCUGCUUCACAGGUCUAAAAUCUUGAUUGAUUAUGUCAAAGGGUCGAGUAAAUUGUGGCUGUUACUCCAAAACCAUUCCAUUUCUGGUCAUUUCCAUGAUUUGAAUCAGGAAAUCUCCACUCUUUUGGAUGUUUUCCCUUUGGGUGAAAUCGAUUUACCCGAAGAUGUUAAAGAACAAGUUUUGUUGCUAUGCAAACACUCUACGAAGUCGAAAUUGUUUACCGAUAAGCAUGACGAUUUCUUGAGGUUGAAGUUGUAUUAUUUCUUGAAUGAAUUCGAUAGUGGAAGAAUACCCGAAAGGAGCGAGCUUCACGCAUUUUUCAUCGAAAAGUUAGGGAUAUCCAAUGUGGAAAGCUGUCGAUUUGAGAUCGAAUUCUUGGAGGAGCAAAUUGUGAAUCGUGCUGGUGAUAUUGAGCCUACGUCCUCCGUUAUCAACGGCUUUGUGGCUUUAGCACGGUACUGUAGAUUCUUGCUGUUUAGAUUCGAGGACGAGGCUGAAUUAGGACGGUGGAAUCAAAACAAGGCGAAGAAAGGAUUUAUUACAGAGGAGAUUGCAGGCACAUCUAUUACAAUCCCGAAGGAUUUCUGUUGCCCUUUCACACUCGAUUUAUUGAAGGACCCUGUAAUAGUAUCCACAGGGCAAACGUACGAACGCGCAUCGAUUUCAAGAUGGAUGCAAGAAGGGCAUCUCACUUGUCCUAAAACAGGGCAGAUGCUGGUGCACACUAAAUUGGUGCCAAAUCGAGCGAUGAGAAAUUUGAUCACGCAAUGGUGUACGGCGAACGAGAUACCAUAUGAUCCACCAGAGAAUCCGGAUUAUUCCUCCGAAAAUUCGUUCGCAUCUUCUCCAAGUAAAGCCGCAGCCGAAGCUACUAAAGCCACGUCCAGUCUCCUCAUCGAACAGCUGGCUAACGGAACGGAAAAAGCCAAGACUGUAGCUGCCAUGGAGAUUAGAUAUUUGGCAAAAACGGGGCGAAAGAAUCGAGCUUGCAUUGCUGAAGGUGGUGCUAUCCCUCUUCUUGAAAAAUUGCUGUCAUCUUCGGAUUGUUUCGCACAGGAAAAUUCGAUAACCGCAAUUUUGAACUUGUCGAUUUACGACAGGAAUAAAGGGGUUAUUAUGGGUGUGGAAGGUUGUUUGAGGGCUAUUGUUUGGGUUUUGAGAAACGGGCUUACAGUCGAGGCCCGUGAAAAUGCAGCAGCAACUUUAUUCAGUCUUUCGGCUGUGCACGAUUUCAAGAAACAAAUAGCCGAAGAAGAUUAUGCCAUAGAAGCUUUAGCUUCUCUCUUGAGAAACGGAACUCCACGUGGGAAAAAAGAUGCCGUUACAGCUUUAUUCAAUUUAUCCACACACAUAGAGAACUGUGGAAGAAUGAUCGAGUCAGGAGCAAUAACGGUAUUAGUCGAAGCCCUCGAUUUCGAAGGUGUAUCGGAAGAAUCUGCAGGUGCACUGGCCCUUAUUGUACGACAGCGGUUAGGGGCUGAGGCGGUGGCAAAAGAGGAGAAAGCGGUGGCUGGGUUGAUCGGAAUGAUGAGAUGUGGGACCCCUAGAGGGAAGGAGAAUGCGGUGGCGGCAUUGCUCGAACUGUGUAGGAGUGGCGGUGCCGCCGCUCUGGAGAGGGUGGUGAAAGCUCCGGCGAUGGUGGGGCUGUUGCAGAGCUUGCUUUUUACGGGUACGAAACGGGCUAGGAGAAAAGCGGCUUCGCUUGCUCGGGUUUUCCAGAGGUGUGAAAAUGGUUGGUUGCAUUUUGGAGGGUUGGGUGUUGGGUAUGCAUUUGCUGGAGACUUGGAUGUGAAUAGAGAUACAAUGUCUGUUGCAAUUUCUGUGCCUGUGGUAUGAUUUGUUUGUUUUUAUCUGUAUUAGUUGCAAUUUAUUUAUUAUUAUUUUUCAUUUAGA